AUGAGUACAAGAGGAGAGCAGAUGCUUUUGGCUAGAGGGAUAAAGUUGCAACGCAUACAAGGAAAUGAACAAGGACCAACUAAUUGGAUAAUUGACGACAGCAAUACACUUACCUCCAGUAAUGCACAUGGACAUAUUGCGAACACGAUAAACACUGAAAAUACAUCAUUUGUUUCAUCAGUAUCGUCUACCUGUUCGUCGACAUCUUUUACCUGUUCGUCGCCAAUUGAUGGCAGUGAUAUUGAUCACAAUUACACUCCUAGUAAUGAUGAGUCGGUGUCGGCAGAUGAUAACGAUAAAAUUCCGAUUAGACAGUCUGCUAGUAUGGAAUUAAUAAAUGUUAUGGAAGUAAGUCCUAAAAUUAAGUCAAGAAAUAGAGCUAGAAAUCUUGCACAUUGGAAAAGAAAUACCUGCAAAAGACUGAGAAACACUGAUAAGGAAUAUAUAACACUGUCAAAGGGUAAAUUAAUUUCUGCAAGAAAGGUUCUUCCUCCCUGUAGUACAAGAUGAUUUAUUGACUUCGACAAGAAAAUGAUAGAAGAAAAUAGAAAAGUUGUGUUAUUUGUUGAUAACUGGUCUGCCCAUAAACCUGACGUAAGGCCGGAUAAUGUAACAAUCCAUUUUUUACCCGCCAAUACAACUUCACUUAUUUAA